AUGUCGGCUCAGUGCAAGAAUUGCAUCGACAAUUUGCCCAUGCCGCCAGCCGCUCCACCAGCAAGCUGGCCACAAACGUUUGAGAAGUGGUCGCGCAUCCAUGUGGAUUUUGCCGGACCGAUAGAAGGCAAGAUGGUGCUUGUGCUAGUCGAUUCGCACACCAAGUGGAUAGAAGCGCUUCCUCUGAAGCAAGCUACCACGACAGCUACAAUCCACUGUUUGCGAGAUAUAUUCAGCAGAUUUGGCGUGCCCAGAACGAUCGUUUCCGAUAACGGAACACAAUUCACUAGUCGUGAAUUUGCAACAUUUGUCGAGAACAACAAGAUGUCGCACGUUAGGACCGCCCCCUUCCACCCGCAAUCUAAUGGGGCUGCCGAAAGAGCUGUCCGAACAGUGAAAGAUGGUCUUCGGAAGUUGAAGGAAGGAAAAUUGGAGCACAAACUAAUGCGGCUACUGCUCAAUUACAGAAGGACUCCCCAGAAGAGCGGGAAGUCGCCAUCACAGAUGCUUCUCGGAUACCAGAUUAGAUCGCGCCUGGAUACGUGUUUCCCGAAGGGUAGUGGAGACACACCGUUUGAUAACCAGGAGUGGCUGCCCCAACUAGAGAGCCGUGUGCACGUUCGCAACUAUGGGGCAGGAGACAAAUGGAUACCAGGACAUGUGACAUCUACAUCUGGGACCCGAAUGGUUACAGCAGAAACACCUGGAGCAAUUGUCCGGCGGCACGUGGACCAGGUGCGUCGUCGGCCUACAGAAACGCAGUCACCUGACACUGCGGAAGACGCGUGCCCGGACCGCGCUACAUUCAGGCCAGAGGAAUCCGCGCCACAGCUCUAUGUGAGACUGGAAGCAUCUGCCUUGCCACCUGCAGUUGAGGAUCAUCAUGCUGACCGCGCCUUCCCGGCACUUCCGUCAUCCGGAACAGUAGUGCCAAGUGAACCCGCUCAAGUCCUACGACGUUCGACGAGGACGAGGAGACCGGUUGACCGAUCUUAG